CGUGGCACCUUGAGCCUAUAUCACGAAACAAAAUCCAGUUCAACCCUUGACACGUAACGCGCUUCAAAGAGACAGUUCCCGAGACUCGCCACAAUGAACUGACACAUGGAGGUUUUGCCACGUCACCAUGCUCUCUUCUUCUUUAGCCCUUAAAUACUCCAGGGUUUCUUCUUAACCUUCUUCGUUAUCCUCUUUGCUACCUUCUGCACCAAAGCCAUCGUCAUUUUACGAAAUUGAAAAACGGAAAGCCUCUUCGCCGGCGGGAAAUUCGCCGGAAAAUUCAACCGGCGCCGGUAAACAUGGAUGUUUCGGCCAUUAAGAACGAUCUCGGGGUCCGAUUGACGUUGCUAUGCCGUCGCUUAUUUGUGAAUUCAGAUCGUACCUGGUGGUAGAAACUAAAAACCCUAACGAGAACCUACUUAAUCACAUAGCUGAGUUUUUUUUUUUUUUCAUAUGAUGACUGUGUAACAAUAACAAAUAUUAUUCGUAGGAGAAAGAGAAACGAGAAUAGAAAAUUACGAGACUCGCGAUAGUUUUAGCCAGUCUCAAGUUUUGGCAGAAUUUUACUGGUUUUACAUUUUUCACUUUUUUUUUUUUGUGUGUAAUUUCUUUCUCGGUCGAUGGUUGUUUCGGUUCCUUCGUCCUCUAAUUUUGAAAUCGAAGGCGAAGAAUCGAGAGAAGUGGUUUUGCCGAGGCUCAGAAGCGUAAUUGGCUGACACAGUUUCUUUCUGUGCUCUGAAUUCAAAUUCAAAAUAAAGCUGCGGUCAAUUCUUUUGUUUUCGAUGAAAAUUCAGCCGGUCAAUUCUCCGGUACCGGUGGAGGGAGACACUAGUAUUGACUUUGUUGCGAAGCCGAUAGUUAAGUCGAGGUUCAAGCGCCUCUUCGAGAGGAAUUUCGCUGGCGUUCUUAGAAAUUCAGCCGCUGAGAAGAUCGGCGGUGGAAGAUGUGGCGGUGGCGGUGGUGGUGAGGAAGUGCAAUCGUCCGGUAAGGACGGUUUCAACGGCUCCAACGAUUUUGAACCGAGCUCGGCGUGUCUGGCGAAAAUGGUGCAGAGUUUCAUCGAAGGUAAUAAUCUCGAGAAGCACUCCUCCGCUUCCGGUAGGUGCGGGCGUAACCGCUCUAACUGCUUCAACCGCAUCUGCGACGAUAGCUCCGACGACGAAUCAGAUGACUCCAACUGUUCUCCAGGCGAAGUCUCCGAAAUCCUCAAGGGUUUGUCCACUUCGGCGAGCGUUAGCGAGAGAAACCUGCUCGCUGAAACGGCGAAGAUCGUGGAGAAGAACAAGAUCUGCAAAAGCAAAGACGGUUCGUGCAGAAAAAUCGUCACUGAAGAUUUGAUCAAUCUCGGAUACGAUGCCUCCAUUUGCAAAUCUCGCUGGGAGAAAUUAUCAUCUUAUCCCGCUGGGGAGUACGAAUAUAUAGAUGUGAUGAAGGCGAUUCUCCAGAACCUUCCGUACAUAUUCGUCGGAAAGUGCGAGCGGCUUCAGAGGAUCGUGGCGGUGGUUUCGGAGGCGGCGAAGCAGAGUCUGAAGAAGAAGGGGAUGCACGUUCCACCGUGGCGGAGGGUAGAAUACGUGAGAGCCAAGUGGCUCUCCCCUUACACUCGAAUCACUGGUUCCGUUUCCAAAGAAGAGGGAAAUUCUGCUGUGGAUUCUGGUGCUGAGGGUGAAGAAAAGGAGGAGGAGGAGGAGGAGGAGGAGAAGGAGGAGGAGGUUGUUGAGAUUCAGUUGAAGCCGCCACCGGUGGAGAUGAAGACCAAGGGUUCAACCUCACUUUCUGGUUUAGCAGCGGUUUUUCAUGAUGAUGAUGAUAAAACAUGAUGAAAAUUUUGACAUUUUUUUGGGUGUUCAAUUUGUUAAUUUGAGGAUUUAAGAACUACUUAUAAAUAUGUAAUUGUAAGUUGUAACAGCUCUCUGUGACUCUCCUAUCCCCUGAUUUUUUAGUACGGGAUGGAUCUUACCAAGUGAUAUGAAUAUAUAACAAAUAAGUUGAGGUAUUGUAGUUUGAACAUAUGAUGGAUUAUAUCAAAUAAAUAAGUUGAUACUAAAUUUA